AGGAGGUCAAGAUGCGCAUUUUGAGUUUCAUCGCCAGCGUGCUCCUGCUGCUGACUUCCCUCAGCUUCCUUCACGGUGCUGAAUGGACGUAUAGUGGAUCAACAGGACAGGAUUACUGGAGCAACAAAUACCCUUACUGUGCCGGUCCUUUCCAGUCUCCAAUAGACAUCACGUCAGACCUACUGAGGUUCAGUCCCACUCUACGUCCAAUUGAGGUGCGAAACUACAAACUGUCAUCGAAGGAACAACUCACUCUUAGAAACAAUGGACACUCUUUGCAACUAUCCUUGCCCCCGACAAUGUACGUCUCCGGCUUGCCAAAUCAAUUCACUGCAACCCAGCUGCAUCUCCACUGGGCCUCCUCUAAUUGGCCUACAGGAUCGGAACACUUGGUGGACAGCAGGCAGUUUGCAGCAGAGCUGCAUAUAGUACAUUACAAUUCGGACAAGUACCCUGACAUUAACACUGCUAUAGACAAAUCUGAUGGUUUGGCAGUGCUGGGUGUCCUCAUUAAGAUUGGAGAUUUCAAUCCUGCCUAUGAACAGAUUCUGAGGUUUAUCAAUGGCGCCAAAUACAAAAAUUUCGAAGUGCGAGUGCCCGGUUUUAACAUUAGAGAACUGCUCCCUGCUCGUUUGGAUGAAUUUUACCGAUACGACGGGUCACUGACGACUCCUCCAUGUUUUCCAAGCGUGCUUUGGACAGUUUUUCGAAAUCAUGUCACCAUUUCUCACCAACAGUAUCUGGCUCUAGCAACGUCCCUAGUUGCCUCCAGUGUCCAGGACCCAGAGGUUAACCCACUUAAUAACAACUUCAGGAAGCCACAACCCAUCGACAGCCGUGUUGUCCUGGUCUCUUUCAAGGAAGAUGACUCUUUUUGGAUAAACACUGGUUUACUGGUUCCCAUAUUGGUGAGCUGUUCCAUUCUGGGAGUUGUUCCUAUUAUCGCAUUAAUAUGCUGCCGGUUAAGGCGAAAACGAUCUGACCAGAAUAAAAGCAAGAGUGUUGUGUACAACAUUGGAGACAGAGACGAGUACGGCUCAAGAGUAUAGGACCUCUUAUCAAAGGAUCUUCAUUGUCUCUUUAUGUCAUCCAUUUUGUUUUAGUGAAGUUGUCCUUUGGCUCCUUUUAGACACUUAUGCCUGCAUGCAACUUCAUAUAAUAAAGUCUUCAUGGAGAUUCAGGAUUGUGGGAAGCUCCUUUCUUCUCCUUCAAGCCCCAGUCAGGCUUUGCUUAGCAGUGACGUGGCAGAAAGAUCGUGAUUGGCCUCCAUGCUGAUUUUUUUAGACUGCAUGCCUUCACCCCUAAAGGAAGGGGUAGAACUGUCCGAGCAAAUCCCAUUUUAUUUGUGUGACAUUGUAGGACUGAUUUUUGAAGGAAGGUGCCACGCAGAGGCUUCCAGUCAAGUGGAGUGGGGCCAGACCUGAACUGGUGAGGAUCUCAGGUCAAGUCAGAUCAAGACAUAUUCCACAGGGCUGUCCCAACAUGGUGGAAAACCUAACCACAGCACAAACAAUAGGGGGAUAGGAUUCGGCAGACAUGGCCUGAGAGGGAAGGGCUGCACUACAUUUCCACCAACCCUGUACUUAGAAUUGCUCUCCGGAUUUUAUAAUAAAAGGGUGCUCAGCUCCGUACAAACACAGAUCCUUUCCUGUGAAAAAUGCUGUGGGUGAAAAAAGGCUUUUGUGUUUUCAGGCUUCAUGUGGGUUGACUUUUAACCCCUGUCCGAUCACGAGAUUAACUUGUUAGCUCAUUAAAGAGCUUCUCUGUAGCUUGUACAGUCUGAGCCCUGGUAACAUGUUAAACCUCUGCAUUCAUUUUACAAGAGCAUAGAUGUCCCAGAGUUUAAUUGAACUGUAUUUCUCAAAAUUACAAGAUGAUGUAACAAAAAGGAAUAAGUUGAUAAAAUAAGCAUUGUUCACUGCUAUGUGUGGUAAAAUAUCACACAGCAGUUAUACAGUGGCGUUUUUCUCUGCAUGCUGCUGCUUUUCCCUACAUAUCAUUGCUAAUAUCCUGUUGCCAUAUUUAUAUUUUCAUGAUGUGUCAUGACAUGUGUCAAGAUGUAUUUGCUACUUGCAAAAUUUGUGUGG